AUGUUGGUCAAGACAGUCCCAUACACCCCUGUCAAUCCCACCCUGACGCACUCUAUGCCUCCCCUGAGCCUGGGGACAACAAUCAUUGUAAUGAAAUACUCCAAUGGGGUUCUUCUCUCUGCCGACACACGGGCGACCAUGGGGAACUUAGUAGUGGAUCGCUUUAUCCCCAAGGUUUUGCCCAUCACUGAUAAGAUUUACACAUGCAUUGCCGGAAGCGUGUCUCAUGCACAGUUUUUGGUGAACGAAGUCAGAGCCCACUUGAUGACCCAGCAAAUGGAUCUCCAUGCCAAUCUGAAUGGCAUGGACCCAAUGGUUGCUACAGCAGCAAACAUCAUAAGCAUAUAUUUGCACAAGUAUCGCGAGUUCCUUCAUGCAGCCUUCAUUCUAGGGGGCGUGGACAACACUGGGUUCCACUGCAUCAACUCUAUGAUAGGUGGCUCUGUGCUAGAGGAAGACUACGCUAUUUCUGGCUCUGGAGGCGUCUUUAUCAAGGGGCUAAUGAAGGAACUGUACAGACCAGAGCUUACUCGCACAGAGGCUAUCAAUCUCGCCCAUAAGCUUCUGAAGACAGCCAUUUCUUUAGACACAAAAUCGGGAGGAUUCAUGCGUUUUGUGGCUGUUGAGCAAGAUGGACUGGCUGAGGAGGGAACACGCAUGCUGUGA